AUGUUCCCCGGGCUCCUGCUGCUUCUCUCUGUCCCUUGGGUUCCGGUCCGUCCGCACCCAGACUGGGUCUCACCCACCGGGACACCCCCCAGCGUCACCCCCGGACCCAACCGGACUCGAACAUCGCACCCUAACCCGGGAUGUGGACCAAGGAAACACUGGUCAGCUCAUGACCUGGGGACCCAUCACCACGAACCGGGCAAUCUCGCAGUCGGAUCAGCCACUGAAAUUGUCCAUAAAUCGGUAACAAGGAGACAAGUGAAUAAGAGGGGCCCCCACACUGGCACUGAUACCGACCCCCACUCCGGCACCGACACCGGCACUGACACCGGCACCAGCACCCACACUGGCACUGAUACCGACCCCCACUCCGGCACCGACACCGGCACUGACACCGGCACCAGCACCCACACUGGCACCCACACCAGCACCCACACCGGCACCCACACCAGCACCGAUACUGGCACCCACACCGGCACCCACACCGGCACCCACACUGGCACUGAUACCGACCCCCACUCCGGCACCAACACCGGCACCCACACCGGCACCAGCACCCACACUGGCACCCACACCAGCACCCACACCGGCACCCACACCAGCACCGAUACUGGCACCCACACCGGCACCCACACCGGCACCCACACUGGCACUGAUACCGACCCCCACUCCGGCACCGACACCGGCACCAACACCAGCACCCACACUGGCACCCACACCGGCCCCCACACCGGCACCCACACCAGCACCGAUACUGGCACCCACACCAGCACCAACACCGGCACCCACGCCAGCACCACUCUGUACCACUCAGCCACCAUCACCCGCACUUUGUUGUCAGUCACCAAGCCCAAUGGGUCGGCAGAUAUCACUGAGAUCCCCGGUGCCUAUGACACGGCUACGGAGCCCAGAUUCCUGCGGAACCAGGCUGGGCAGUUGGGCACAACCGGACACUAUUCCGGCACCGCUACAUGGGGCAACACGGCACAAGACUUACACAACUCCAAGGUCACGUUGCAGGACUUUGGCAACACGACUUUGUUUGGCAACUGGAGCCAAAACACCGAGACCAUCCGUGGCCCAAACUCCUCAACCCAGGAAUCGGCCAACGUAACCAGGAACGCCAUAACGGUGCAGGAUUCGGAAAUCACAAUAUCUGGGUUAACAACCUCCAAGAGCAGCAACUCAAGUUUGUUGUCUACGAGUGAAGCCGGAGAGUCUGAGAGCCCAACAAUGGCGCCGGAGAUCACAACCCACAAUGUUAUUACUGCAUCUGACUCUGGAACCUCUAGAACUUACCCCCUGCUGACUCCUUCCUAUGGUGCAUCCACCGUCUUGUCUCCCACCGCUCACCGUGUCUCGGAUACUUCUGGGCCCUCGUCCAGCCUCCCUGUCACGGCUCCAGAUACUGGAACUGAAGUUCCAACCAACAAUCCAUCCACAUGGGUAUCAUCAGCUUCCAACUGGCCGUCACCUUCACACCCUUCUCUUCUUCAGUCUGAGCCUUCAUCAUCCACUUUAUCACCUUCAGCUUCUUCUGCUGAGUUGGGUUCAUCUCCUGUACAAGAAACUUCCACACAUUUCACCAAGUUCUCCUCCUCUUCCUCCCCAGAUACCUUCUCCUCAUCCCCAAAGCCACCACAGCUGCUCUCUUCUUCCUCACUCCCACCUUCUCCACCAGAGAUUCCCUCUGUUGCUUUCUCCUCCACAUCCUCCAUCUCUCUCUCUCCCAUGCCCACAUUACCCACAUCUGGACCAGCCUCCUCCCCAGCCACGGUGGGCACAGAGGUGACCGCCAUCCCUCUCUCGACCAUAGAAACAACCAACCAGUUUUCAGAGUUUACUACAGCCGCCACCAGUUCGGUGACUGGUCCCAUCCAUCAAACCAUUCAGCCCCACAGAACCAUCACAGGUUCUGUCACAACGGUGUUUGUUGGAACAGACGCUCGAGAAGUCACAAAUAACCCAACAGUCUCAGCAGCAGAAGACAUUUUGGUGGAGACUUCAAAACCAGUGGAUGGAAGCGAAUGGACAACGUCAACUGAGAAGCUACAGACGGUCGUGGUGACUUCAGAACCUUCUGCUCAACCAACUGCUCCUUCCACAACAACCCCCAGUGAUCUUCUCCUGCCCCCCAUCCGCCCCACGACACAAGGACUUCCCCAGCCUGAUGUCCACACCACAAAAACAAGUGAUUUCCACUUCACCACAAACGAUCCCAACAGGCAAGUUCCGACACCAAUAACAACCGAGCUGAAUCCAGAGACCUUCACGCCAGGGAUGGACAUAAGAACCAGCACAGUUGGUGCCACCGAACGCAGCGCCGACCAAACUACGACCCAAUCACACGUACAGAAAGGGAAGCCCAUCACAACUACGGCAACAACAAAAGCCCCAGUGAUCACCGCCCCCAGGGCCACACAACCAGCAGAGAGAGGUGGUCGUUGUUUGUCCAACCCGUGUCAGAACGGAGGCCGCUGUGUGGAGUUGGGCCGUGCCACCUAUCAGUGUGAGUGCCCCCCAGCCUGGCAGGGCCAACACUGCGGCACAGAUGUGGACGAGUGUCUCGCCGAGCCCUGCCCCCCCCAGGCGUCGUGCAUUAAUAAGAGGGGGUCUUUCAGCUGCCGCUGCCCCCUGGGGUCCUUCCUGGAAAAGGAAAGCGGCUGUGUCCCGGCAAGAACCUUCCUCGGACACAUCAAGGUGCCCAGAAACUUCCUAAAUGGGACGAUGGGGCAAUACAGCGACGUGGGGCAGAUUGAGGAGGUGAUUGUGCAUAUGUUGAACAGAUCCUUCUCAGGCCUGAGUGGUUAUUACCUGUCGGAAGUGACCAACAGCAGCGACACCAAUCACAUCCUCAUCUCGGUGCAGAACCUUUUCUCAUUGGGCUCAAACGUAACCAAAAAGGAGAUCAAGCAGAACCUGCAGAACUACAUGCGCUCGUGCCAGUCGGGCCUGGAGAGCUCCCCUGGGUGCCACCUCAUGCUGCACCCCCAGCUCUACUAUAUAGCCGACGGUCUGUGCAGCGCCAGCCCCCCGGAAUGUGACCGGGACACCACCGAGUGCUCCGACGGGACCGGCGUGCCCCUCUGCCAGUGCAAACCCGGGUACUUCAAGUACACCAAGAUGGACCAUUCGUGCAAAGCCUGCGAGGAUGGAUUCCAGCGAGUGAACGGCAGCUGCGCCAGAGGCCCUUUUGGCCUGGGAGGAUUUAACUGCUCAAACCCGUAUCAGGCUGAUCACAGUGUUAUUGCUGGCUGCAGGAGCGGGCUCUUACUGCUCCCUGGGCGUCGCACUGACUGUCACAAUCCGAUCUAUAAUGAUGUUUAUGUUCAUCUGAUAAAGCCGCGACCUUUAUAUUCCGCACGCAGGGAUCUGUUACCCAGAAUCCUCAGCCCCUGGGAAUCCCCACACGUUCCAGAUAACAGAUCCCUCCGGCGGAUAAGGGGUCCCAUCCGCACACAGAGACCCUCACCCCAAAUUCUGAUUUUUUUGGGCAGGAAAAACAAGAACGACCUCAGCAAAUUGAUCUUCAAGAGCGGCGACUUCCAGAUGUCUCCCUAUGCCGAGUGCGGCAAGAACCCCCCCCGGCCCCCCGACUGGGCCCGCGACUCCAUCGAGAUGCAGGAGAACGGCAGCACCAAGAACCUGCUCCAGAUCAACGACGUCUACUACUCGCCGGGCCUGCGGAACCCAGAACUGGACAGGAACGGGCUGUACCCCUACACGGGAUUGCCAGGGUCGCGCCACUCGUGCAUUUACCCCGGGCAGUACAACCCCUCGUUCAUCAGCGAGGAGAACAGGAGAAGGGACUAUUUCUAGCGAGAGGCUGAUCUGCCCCCCUGGGGUCACUCACGGACUCAUUGCCCCAGGCAGGGGCCCCGACACCCCCAAACCUGUGUCUCAUUGCCCCAGGCAGGGGCCCCGACACCCCCCAAACCUGUGUCUCAUUGCCCCAGGCAGGGGCCCCGACACCCCCCAAACCUGUGUCUCAUUGCCCCAGGCAGGGGCCCCGACACCCCCCAACCUGUGUCUCAUUGCCCCAGGCAGGGGCCCCGACACCCCCCAAACCUGUGUCUCAUUGCCCCAGGCAGGGGCCCCGACACCCCCAAACCUGUGUCUCAUUGCCCCAGGCAGGGGCCCAUACCCCCCAACCUGUGUCUCAUUGCCCCAGGCAGGGGCCCCGACACCCCCAAACCUGUGUCUCAUUGCCCAGGCAGGGGCCCCGACACCCCCAAACCUGUGUCUCAUUGCCCCAGGCAGGGGCCCCGACACCCCCCAAACCUGUGUCUCAUUGCCCCAGGCAGGGGCCCAACAGCCCUAAACCUGUGUCUCAUUGCCCCAGGCAGGGCCCCCAAUACCCCCAAACCUGUGUCUCAUUGCCCCAGGCAGGGGCCCCAACAGCCCCCAA